GAGAGGCCAUUGUUCAAUGUAUUUGAGGGCCUGAACUUGGGGCCUCGAGGUGUGUAUUUAGAAAGGAGGAGAGGCCAUUGUUCGAUGUAUAUGAGGGCCUGAACUUGGGGCCUCGAGGUGUGUAUUUAGAAGGGAGGAGAGGCUAUUGUCAGUUCGAUGUCUUAGAGGGCCUGAACUUGAGGCCUCAAGGUGUGUAUUUAGAAGGGAGUAGAGGCUAUUGUCAGUUCGAUGUCUUCGAGGGCCUGGACUUGGGGCCUCAAGGUGUGUAUUUAAAAGACUUGAUGUGUAAGUUCAUACGAAGUGACGGCGAUAGACUACGCUGUUGAUGAUUUUGAUCAAGGAUUUCCUGUCCACCAUGUCUGUAGCGGACUACUUCUCGAUGUCCAGUCUAUCUGGGUGCGUAAGUCGGUGUCGUCAGUCACGCAGAUUAGUGCUCCUCAUAGUGUAUGUCACACUGUUGCUGGACAACAUGCUUCUCACCACUGUUGUUCCAAUUAUUCCAAACUUUCUCAGACAAAUAGAAAAUACCAGGAAAGCGGCCUUAUUGAGUUCUGUUUCCAACAUAAAUUAUACUUGUGUGUCGAGGUCUUUGUCUGCAGCCUCUAACGCCAGCCAGGACGGCCAAGGGAUUUCAAACGUACUUCGUCAUUACGUCAUGCAUACAUCUCAUCCACUCUGUGUUAACUUCACUGGAAAUAUGUCAGAUCUAUCAAACCAAACGAAACCCGAAAAUGACCAAGAGCCAUUUGCAGAUCAAAAUAUACAAGUUGGACUCCUGCUCGCUUCGAAGGCGAUUAUCCAGUUGUUGGUUAACCCGUUUAUAGGUCCCAUAACUAAUAGAAUCGGUUACAACAUACCGUUGAUUGUGGGACUGGUAAUCAUACUGGUAUCCACUGUGGUAUUUGCGUUUGGUGAGAGUUACAUAGUAUUACUUGUUGCUCGUGCAGUUCAAGGCAUCGGAUCAUCCUGUGCCAGUGUGGCAGGAAUGUCGAUGCUGGCAGAUCAGUAUGUGGAUGACAAAGAGCGUGGCAAUGCUAUGGGAAUAGCACUCGGUGGUUUAGCCAUGGGAGUCUUAAUUGGUCCACCAUUUGGAGGGAUAAUGUUUGAGUUUGCCGGUGGUAAAGAAGCACCAUUCUUAAUUUUAGCAGGCCUGGCAAUCUUGGAUAUAUUGUUACAGUUGUUUGCACUGCAGCCGAAGGUCAAGCGAGAGUCACAGGAAGGAGCGCCCUUGAAGACUUUGUUAUCGGAUCCCUAUAUCCUGUUGGCUGCUGCAUCGUUAACAUUGGGGACAACAUCGAUCGCCAUGCUUGAUCCGUCGCUGCCGAUUUGGAUGUACGAAACGAUGCAUGCGGUCGAGUGGCAACAAGGUAUGGCUUUCCUACCAGGAAGCAUUUCCUACUUGAUUGGCACAAGCAUAUUUGGUCCUCUUUCAUACAGGAUAGGCAGGUGGCUGAGUGCUAUGAUUGGACUGUUUUUGAAUGGAAUUUCUGUAAUUUGUAUCCCAUUUUCGAAAACCAUGGCUCAUCUUAUUGCCCCAGUCUUUGGUCUGGGGUUGGCAUUAGGAAUGGUGGACUGCGCCAUGAUGCCACACAUGGGUUACCUUGUCGAUCUGCGUCACGUGUCUGUCUAUGGCAGUGUGUAUGCCAUUGCCGAUAUUGCUUUAUGCUUAGGAUAUGCCAUUGGUCCUUCCAUCAGUGGGUCCAUAGUGAAGGAAAUAGGUUUUAACUGGUCAAUGUGGAUUAUUGGAAUCAUUAACAUCAUAUACGCACCCUUCAUGUACUUCCUGCAAAACCCUGCAGCCAAGGAAGAGAAGAUGGUACUUAUUAUGAAAGACCCGAGCCCAGUACAGUACAUAACAUACAAUCAGAACAGAUACAGUAAACCCAGUUCAGACAAGGGUACUUUGAAGACAACUACAACUCACUGAAACUGCCAAAGCAAUGAAGACAUGAAUACCAGAGCAGAAACCCGGAUAUAGAAAACGUCAACAAGACACUAGGAUAUCUUUCCACAAGAUAAAUGUGGAAAAUAAAACAUCUCUGCACAAAAUAUAAUGUGGAAAAUAAAACACCUCUGUACAAAAUAUAAUGUGGAAAAUAAAACACCCCUGUACAAAAUAUAAUGUGGAAAAUAAAACACCUCUGUACAAAAUAUAAUGUGGAAAAUAAACACCUCUGUACAAAAUAUAAUGUGGAAAAUAAAACACCCCUGUACAAAAUAUAAUGUGGAAAAUAAACACCUCUGUACAAAAUAUAAUGUGGAAAAUAAAACAUCUCUGUACAAAAUAUAAUGUGGAAAAUAAAACACCUCUGUACAAAA